CAGAUCCGUGAAUUCGAUAACCACCGCCACGUCUCUUGCCAUCCCAAUAUCGUUACAUUCCAUAAAGCCAUCUUCCACGACGAAUUUUUCUAUGUCGUGCUGGAUCUCUGCGAAGGAGGCGAUCUCUUUGACAGGAUUCUCCAGAAAUCCUUCUACCCGCGGGAUGACAGGUGCGAAACGUCUUUCUCCAGCUUAUCGACGCCGUCGUGUUCUGUCACGACAACAGUGUGUACCAUCGUAAUAUCGAGCCGGAGAAUAUUAUUUGUUCAGAGGAUGGUUCACGGAUUUACCUCACUGACUUUGGUGUGUCGACACAGAACAAGACCUCGACUUUCCAUGAGUGCGAGGGCAUGGAGUGCAUGAGUCCUCAUGCGUCUUUUUAUUCAUAUAUGCGCUCAUCCUGACUGCCUUUUACCAGAAUGUAUAGGGAAAGGGUUUGGUUACACGCUCGACAGAAGAUACUCUACUCGGACAAAUGAUGUCUGGUCUCUCGGUGUGGCGUUGACGACAGACUAUUCCUUCAACUCAAGGACGGAGAUCACCUAAGACGCUUCUUGCUAGGUAGAUCUGCGGCCCCUGUACCAUCCUCAAGAAGGUCUUCCGUCUGAAACCUCUCAGUCGUAUUUUCUUGACUGAUCUUCAACGUGAAAUUGCCGAAC